AUGAAGUUCAACUCUGUUGCGCUGACCCUGGCCUCGGCGGGUUCCCUGGUGGCCGCCCACGGUCACCACGGCCACGCCCACUUCCACAAGCGUGUUGUUGAGACCGAAAUUGACACUGCUGUUGUCGCGGGCCCUACCGCUUACGAAUUCGUCGUCCUGGACAGCGAUAACUCCGGCAAGACCGAGAAGAUCAGCCUCGCGGAUGCCUGCGAGGGUCUCGCGGACCACGAGCUGGAAUGGCUCGGCGAUGCUGUUUCCGCCGCCUGCGCGACCAGCACCUCCGUCAGUACCUCCACCUCCACUCCCACUCCUACUUCGACCUCGACCCCGACUCCCACCUCGACCUACACUCCUGAGGUGCUUGUCCAGACCUCCGCGGUCAUCUCCAGCUCGUCCUCCAGCUCCAGCACCAGCAGCAUUGUGACUCCCAGCUCUUCCAGCUCCUCCGCCGUUGCUGCUUCCACCUCUAGCGCCAGCUCUGGUGCCACUGGACUCGACGCUGAAUUCCCCGAUGGAGAGAUCGACUGCUCCGAGUUCCCCUCCGAGUAUGGUGCCGUUGCCCUCGACUACCUCGGCAUCGGUGGUUGGUCCGGUAUCCAGUACCUCACUCUCGUUGACGAGAUUAUCAGUGACAUUGUCACUGCUGUUAGCGGCGACAGCUGCACUAGCGGAGCCGUGUGCUCCUACGCCUGCCCUGCAGGUUACCAGAAGAACCAGUGGCCAUCCACCCAGGGCUCUACUGGCCAGUCCAUUGGUGGUCUUCAGUGUAAGAAUGGCAAGUUGUACCUCACCAACACUGAGCUGGGCAAGACACUUUGCAUCCAGGGUACUGGUGGUGUUCAGGUUCGCAACGAGCUGGGUGAGGAUGUUGCUAUUUGCCGUACCGACUACCCCGGUACUGAAUCCGAGACUAUUCCUCUCGCUGCCACCUCCGGUGGUACUCACGACCUGACCUGUCCCAACAGUGCCACCUACUUCAAGUGGGAGGGCAAGUCCACCUCUGCGCAGUACUACGUGAACAACAAGGGUGUUUCCACUGAGGACGGUUGCCAGUGGGGCUCCAGUGCUAAGACCAUGGGCAACUGGGCCCCCAUGAACUUCGGUGUCGGCUACACUGAUGGCACCACCUACCUGUCCAUGUUCAAGAACGAGCCCACCACUGAUGCUGACCUUAACUUCAAGGUCAAGAUUGUUGGUGACAACCUGAGCGACGAGUGCCGCUACGACGGUGCUGGAAACUUUUACAACAGCGACGGUCUGAUCGAUAGCUCCACCAACGGUUGCACUGUCGGCUUCUCCUCCGGCAGCGCCUUUUACGUUCUGUAUGAGUAA